AUGAUUGUUCAGGAGCCAAUACAGGUUAUCGUUUGGGAUUGUCUGAAUAAUUAUGCAUACGACAACGCUAUUUUUCUGGCUGAGAGAUUACAUGCUGAAGUUGCUUCUGAAGAGACUGCUUUUCUAUUAGGAACAUGUUAUUACAGAGCUGGAAGAGUAAAUGAAGCUCAUCAUUUGUUGCAAAACAUGUCAUUAGCCUUGCCACAAGCCAGAUUCCUUUUAGCCAAAUGUUCCAUUGAUUUAAAAUCUUUUAAAGAUGCAGAGAAAGCCUUAGGAUCUAAUUUAGAUAUUGUUGCUUCUGAAUUUGGUGAACAAGCUCCGUAUGCAUUACAACUGCUCGCCAAAAUAUAUCACAUUACUGAAAGAAGAAGUAAAGCAGCUGAGGCACACAGGAAAGCACUAUCACUGAAUCCAUUCAUGUGGAAAUCAUUUGUACAACUAUGUAAUAUGGGUGAGAAAAUAGAUCCCCACCAAGUUUUCCAAAUGAAUAACACUGACUUUACAUUUGGUGUAACAACAUUAGUAAAUCUAGUCAGCAAUUCUGAAAAUAUAUCAUUUGUGAAUAGUAACAUUCCUAAUAACACAGCUAUUAAUUCUAAUGUCACACCAAAUAAUGCCACAAGAACCCCCAUGACAAUGUCAACAAGCAUCACUCCUGAAACACAAGCACCUAUAAAGAGAAUGCAUAGUGUAUUCAGCGGCAUGGCACCUAUUCCAUUCUCUCCUUCAUUUGGCAUGUUGCCGAUGGAAGAAUCUCCCGUUUUAUAUACUCCAACACUUACUGACUCCAAUGAGCAAAAAGCUAUACCUAAGAUAGUAAAUUCAUUAAGAGCACAAAUGGGGCAGUUAAAAGAUGCAGUGUUCAGUCCAGCUCCAAGAUGUACCCUUGGUCCAGCUCCGCGACGUUCAUCCAGACUCUUUAGUAAUAAUAACAGCAGUUAUUCAGUUAAAGAAAACAAUAAAUCACCAAGCAGAAAAUUUGUAGCUCCUAAGAGUCCGUCAAGAAAAAAUAAACAGCGUGCAGCCAAAAAUAUUAAAAGUAAUUCUGUGGAACCCAAUGAAAGAAAUAAAGGCGUUGAAACAGUGACAUCCACAAUCCCACCAAAGAAUUCAAAUGGUAUAGCUUUGUUAAAUUUAAUGCGAGAGUUAGGAGAGGCUUAUAAAAGUCUUGCAUUCUUAGACUGUAAAAAUGCUAUAAAGUUAUUCCAAGACACUGCACCUAAGCAACUUGCUUCACCAUGGGUGCAGACAAUGAUAGCCAAAGCACAUUACGAAUUGGCACAAUAUGAGGCAGCUGCAAAAAUGUUUGCAGAAAUUAGAAAACAGUACCCAAAUCGCACAGAAGGAAUGGAUAUUUACAGUACAUGUUUAUGGCAUUUACAAAGAGAAGCUCAAUUGUCAGCAUUGGCCCAAGAAUUAGUAGAAUUGAACAGAAAAGAUCCUAUUGCUUGGCUUGCAGCUGGAAACUGUUUUUCACUCCAUAAAGAACGUGAAACAGCUUUGAAGUUCUUCAAGCGAGCUGUACAGUUAAAUCCUGAUGCAGCUUAUGCACAUGCUUUAUUGGGUCAUGAGUAUGCAGUAGCUGAGGAAACAGACAAGGCUCUAGCAAGUUUUAGAGCAGCAGUUAGUAUUGACCCACGAAAUUAUGUAGCGUGGUUUGGGAUUGCUACAGUAUAUGCACGACAAGAACGCUGGAAGCCUUCAGAAGUACACAUACGGAGAGCUCUUACUAUACAUCCACACUCUGGAGUCUUAAGGUGCCAAUUAGGAUUAGCACAAGCUGCAUUGGGCAAAAUGGAUCGAGCUCUUGCUACCUUAGAGAGAGCAGUUGCAUUAGACACAGACAACCCAUUGUGUCGUUUCCAUCGAGCAUCAGUAUUAUUGCGUGCAGGCAGACCAGAUGAUGCUUUAGUAGAUCUACAUCAUUUGAAGGACAUUGCACCAAGAGAAUCAUUAGUAUAUUAUUUACUUGGUAAAGUCCAUAAUAUGUUAGGUAAUUCCCACUUAGCACUCAUGCACUUUAGCUGGGCUACAGAUCUAGAUCCCAAAGGUACAGGUGGCCACAUUAAAGAAGGUUUUGACCCAUCUAAACAAGAAGAUCCUCCUGAAAAAGUAUAA